AUGUCUCUCUCCAAGGCCCCAUCCACGAGUGAGACGAAGACAGGCGAUGUCAGUGAGAGCAAUAAUGUCCCGAUCACGGUCACUUCUACCGGCCUGCAGAAGGAGUUGGCUUCAGUAGAUCAGGUGCUGGUCCGCAAGAUGGCGCUGGUGAACGGUGCAAUUGAUGAGAUUGGAAUGACGGGUUUUCAAUGGAAACUGUUCUUUCUCAACGGGUUUGGAUACGCCGUUGACUCGCUUCUCGUCGUUUGCCAGUCCAUCGCCCAGCCCGCCGUCACCCAGGAAUUCGGCAAUCCAAGCAAGCAUAUCGCUGGAGUUUCUCUUGCAUCCCAAAUUGGCCUCCUAGUUGGCGCUGCUCUCUGGGGGUUCUCUGCCGAUGUUAUCGGUCGCAAGUUGGCGUUCAACUCGAGUCUUUUGAUCUGUGCGACGUUCGUGCUCAUUGCGGGCGGCAUGCCCAACUACAUCUCCUUCUGUGCAAUGGUUGCCAUAUAUUCCGCUGGCGCAGGCGGAAACUACGUUUUGGACGCGACAAACUUCCUCGAGUUCCUUCCAGCAUCCCAUGCCUGGCUCGUCACCUUCCUCGCCGUGUGGUGGGCCGUUGGAUAUACGAUAACCGGUCUAUUAGCAUGGGCGUUUAUGAGCAAUUUUAGCUGCGACCCUGACGCCACUGUUGCUGAGUGUACCCGUGCAGAUAACAUGGGCUGGAGAUACCUCCAUAUUGCAUGCGGGGGUUUGGUACUCCUUACGAGCAUACUGCGUCUUGCUGGCAUCAAAAUGGCAGAGACGCCAAGGUGGCUAGCCAGUCAGAACCGCGACGAGGACCUAUACAGGGUUCUUCUUGACCUAUCAGAAAAAUACAAUCGCCCGUUCACGUUAAAGCUAGAGGACUUGAGAUCCCAAGGCCGUGUCCAGGGAACAGAAAAGUCCGUCUGGUCGAGUCUGCGACUGGCAAGCCAUUUUACGGGUCUCUUCAGCACAGGGAAGCUGACAUAUUCAACUAUCAUGAUCAUUAUCAACUGGCUAUUCAUCGGAACUGUCUCUCCUCUGUACAGUGUUUUUCUACCAUACUACCUCAAAUCCCGUGGAGCGGAUACUGGAGAUGACUCAAACUACACGACCUGGCGGAACUACGCCAUUAAUCAAGUCGCCGGUCUGAUCGGACCUAUCAUUGCUGCAGUCCUCGUUGAGACUCGGCUAAUCGGACGCCGAGGAACCCUCGCCAUCGGUGCAGCAAUCACAACAGCACUGCAGUUCGGGUAUACCCAGGUUACUACACCUGCGCAGAAUGUGGGCCUCUCGGCAGCCAUCACUGCGGCGUCGAACAUCUAUUAUGGGACUAUCUAUGCCUACACUCCAGAGAUCCUGCCGAGUGCCCAUCGAGCAACGGGAUAUGGUCUUUGUGUUGUCGUAAACAGAGUUGGUGGGAUUAUUGGCGUUUUGGUGGGAAGCUAUGCCAAUGUCGAGACUACAGUACCGUUGUUUGUUUGUGCUGGGUUAUAUGCAGCGUUGAUAGUGACGAGUUUGUUAUUGCCGUUUGAGAGCCAGGGAAAGAGGGCAGUCUAG